UUCAGCCGAAAUAAAUCUCAAAAUUCAUCGGCGUAUGAUGAGUCGAUAUUAUUUGAGAGGAAAGAAAAAACAAUUACGAAGAAAUACGAGUUUUCGACAGAGGAAACGAUUUCCUACUUCGCAAUUACCUAACGAGUCCUCCGAUGCACAGAAGUAUAUCAAAAAUCAUGAACAUCCGUACGCAACUCGUUCGAAAACCUCUCGUCACCCUUCCUUACUAGUGACCGAUAAAACCCACAGGACAACCCCAGAGCCCAAUGUUAUCUGCCUAGGGACAUAUCGAAAAAUUCCGCGAUUCAUCGAUCUGGAGACCAACCGAGAAGAGCCCCAACGUAUUGCUCUGAUAGAAAAAUUCGAGCCGAUAUUUCAAGUCAAAAGUGAAGGACGUCUUUGACAUCAGAUUUUCGUUGGAAAAUAGAGAGAUGUCAGGAAGCAUAAGGAUAUCUCCGCCAUUCCCUCGAUUUCCG